CCGGAUAUCCCCCGAUAUCAGUAUGAGGUACCUAGUACUUAAUCCAUGCAUUAUGUCAAUCAUCAACGACCCACAACCUCCGAACAUAUCCCGGAUUCGGAUUCGUUCCGCCCGUUCUCCUGCGUCCAUUAUUCUUCAACAAACCCCGCGGGAACCAAGUUCCAUAUAGAGCUACUCGUAAACUUUUUAAUUCUUUUUUUUAAAAAAAAGAAUCGUUUUCUAAAGAUGUCAGAAGAAAUAAAUCCUUCCACUUUCCUUAAGUUUUUCGAUCUGCCUAUCGAAUUGCGCCAUUGCGUCUGGGAACUAGCCAUCCCGGAGGACAUCCCGGAGAUAUGCAUCCCUUGGCCGCUGGAGGAGAGGCCGGUACAUUGGCCUCACGAUCACGUCGGCCAUGUCUGGUCAACAAACUACUUGCAUCCUUUCCUCGUGGACACGUGCUUCCCUACCAUCAUGUACGUGUGCCAGGAGUCGCGCUACUUGGCUAUAUCUCGAUUGCGAUUCCGAUACUCGCCCGUAGCUGGUUGUCCCGUGCCCUUCCGCGCGUUUCGCCCGGACCUGGACAUCGUAUACAUAACGCUGUGCCGGCCGCCUACCGAUAUAAACGCAGUCCCUAGGUGGGGUAGAUAUCCUCCCGGCACGCAGCGCGUCGCAUUGGACCUGCACACCAUCAAGGACGGCAGCUUCCUCUGGAUCCUGUUCAGCGACCCGAGUCUGGAUCUGCGGACCGUGUUCUGCAUCCUCCCCGCUUCGGGGGCCAUCCUGGACACGGCGGUGCGGUUCCGCCCGCCCGUCCGACGGUGCCGCAUCCGCGAGAUCGAGAGGCCGUCCAACGGCUCGGAGAACAAUAUCAUCUACGUAGAUCGCGGCUACGACAGGCGGAUGACGGGCAUGGCGCGCUACCUGGAGGAGGUGCGCGACACCAUCAGCACCGAGUUCGCCGAGGUCCUCGAGAUUCAGGAGGUGCCGGAGCCGUACCUGCGCCGGUGGAAUGACGCCGAGGUCAAGUUCGACGUCGAGCUUGUCGCGAGGACGUUCGAAGAGUAUCGGGGCGGGCGCUGGGUACCCAGCUCGGAGCACUCCGUCGGGUUCGACUUCCAGUCCAUCAUAUUUCCCGCCUCGUGGCAAGCACUUGACACUGCUAGAACCUACCAAGUCAGCGAGGUGGAGAAGUGGACGCCUUUGCGGAAUCCCGAGACGUUUCGCGUCAACGACAUCCAGCAGAACGAGGUACCCUUCGAAUGAUCCCGGAAGAGAGACUGCUGUGUAGAACUUUCAUAUUCUCAUUAAUUACCCACCUCUACCACUUAACGGAUAGGUUGUGGGAACAAUUCAGUGCCGCUGCUGAGGCUGUCGUCGUCGCUUAGAAGUACAUGGAUUAUCUAACUGCUUCAAAUAACCACCUCCUACCUAUGUAUGUUUAUAAGAAGGUCUAGACGGAGUUAAUCCCGGUCCCGAAUGCGAUGGAGAUGGCAUCCUUGAAAUGCCAAGAGUGGAAGCUUGACUAGCAUGAAUCGCGCGCAAGGUCGAGGGUCCCUAGUUUAAUAUUCAACGGGCUAGCCCCUACUCUUCAGGCUACGAACUCCGCAUUGUUGUUACAUCCUCAUCGAAUUUCCGGUCGCCAGGUUUAAUGGUCAUAGCAUAAGGGGCUUUUUCUUUGAGGAGGAAAAUUCAAGUUUUUUUUUUCAAACCAAA